AUGCCUAAUAAAUGUAAUGGUUCAACUUAUACGUUAUCUGUAUUGCCGAUGCCAGGAUUCAGUCCAUCAAGGGCUCCAGCUGUCAGGAAUAGUAAACAUCAUUGUCGUACUCUCAUCAAUACAACGACUUCUGCUCCUUGUAAACUGGGUGGCUGUGAUUUUGAAGUUGCAAGUGAGCUCUUGUCGGUCAAAUCUGCCAAUGAACAAAUCAGUGACCCACUGUCAAAACCAAUAUAUGAUGUAUUUUUAGGUGGUAGUUGUGGUAACACUGUGUGGCGGAGAGACUUGGUUAUACCUUAUUUGGAAAAGCAUGCAAUUAGUUAUUAUGAUCCUCAGCGGAGUGUUUGGAAUGAACAUAUGAUCAAUGAAGAAAGUGUAGCUAAAGAGAACUCAAGUCUAUUUUUGUUUGUGCUUGAUCCAGCGACCGUCAACGCGACAUCAUUUCUUGAAAUUGCUCAUUUUGCUGCCCGAAAAGCACCUAAACUCGUUGUUGUUUUUCUCGGACAAUCAGAAUGGAAGAAGCAGGCACAUCCAGAAGAUUUGGCUGAUCGUAAACGCACAUGUGAUCUUCUUGAUGAUAUACUAACGAUACAUGAAGUUCCGGUCUUGCAUUCUAUUCAGGAUGCUCUUUAUUAUAUUGAUGAAAUUAUAAUUGGAGAAAAGAGCUGGUCGGAGGCGCUCUCAAAUCCACUGCAGAGGCUUCCAUAUAUUCUUUUACGUGGAAAGCGUGUAUGCCGGCAUUCUGUCAAUCACGUACGAGAUGCUUUAAGAAGCGUUAAAAGUGGUGUGACAAAAUGGAGAGGAACCAAAUUUCUUUUAUUAGGUCUGUUUGAAAUUUUAUUGUUGUUGCCGAUGUAUUUCUUUCUGCGCACACUUCCACUAUUUUUGUUGCUGAUACCAUUUCUUGCGUUUGACGUUUUUGUGGCACUUUUCUCAGCCAUUUAUUAUUGCUAUAAAUUAAAUGCAGCUGCUCGUCGUCGUGCUAAAUUAGUACACCACAGUGGAGCAACAACAUUUCCACUACCAAUACCUGGUCGUGCUUUUGUGCCUUGCAGUAUUGUUGCUCAGCAAGUUCCGCUCAAUUAUUGUUAUCAGUCGGUAGGUCGCAAUGUACGUAGCAUUGGAAAUUCGCUUUCUUCUGAUUUAUUAAAUAAACGAUGUUAUAAUAGUAGCAGCACUGUUACCAAUCCAUUACGAUGGAUGAAUACGUAUGGUUAUGAUAUCUUUCUUGGAUGCAGUUCUAGGAAUCGUGUUGAUUUAAUCUGGAUUAACCAUCGUGCUGCUCCGCAGCUGCAGUUAGUUUUAUCAUGUGAUUAUCUUGCUAUUGAGUUAAACAAUUUUUACAGUAGGAAAGGGUUAUCAUUUUGUUCGGAAUUAAUGGUAGGAAAACAAAAACGUUUACACACAUUGCGCAUGACAAAGCACAUACUCUACCACAUACCAUCUUGUGAAACUAUGCUUUCUGGUAUGGUUGAGGUAGCUUAUUUUCUUGGACAUGCAACAAUGGAGCUGACAAUUUGUGUGCCCAAACGUGCUGAAAUGUUCACUUAUACAUCAGAUGAUGAUGAAGAAUUGAGAAAAUAUAUUGAAAGGCGUAAUGAAUCCUACCGAAUGGCUUUUUGCUAUCUCAGGGAUAUGGCUAAAAGAAAACAUUGCGAAGUUUUUUCUGAUCUGGAUGAUGCUCUACAAUAUGUUAUUUCUUGCUCAAAAAAAUAG